AUGACUCAACCACUAUUUAAGGAUGACUUGCUGGUAAAUAUGGUACCAGAAGAAGUUCUACGCUCACUAGAAGAUAAAUCUGUUUCGAAUAGAAAUAUACUGGACAUGGAAAUAGAAACUCCAUCUACAUCGAAAGACAUACUUCAGAGUCCAGCUUCUAUUCUAAUAAGACUAUGUUGUAAUAAGAUUCCUACACAUCACUUUACAUCGCAGCAAUUUCUACGCAAACAAGACUUUCAUUUCAAAAUAAACCUACGGAAAUACAGCAAAACGAUUUGGACGCCUGCUAACGUUCCAAAAAAUGGUCCUUCGUCGUCGGAUCUCUUGAACUUGCAAGAAAAAACGAAGAGUUACUGCUUCAAGAGAACAAAGAAGAUUUUCAAAAAAGAAACAAGUACGCGCGAGUUAUUAGUGUUGGUUUGCUUGACCACACUAAGAUACUUGGAAGCAUUUAUCAUAUACGUACGUGGCCACCAAGCGGUGAUAAACGGCCAUCAAGCGUACGGAAGCAUAGUGGACUACCUGACGACUCCACGCACCCUUCACGGGUGUAACAGUCAGACCCCGCCGGUAAGGAGUGGACCGCUUUGGAGCCACAAGUUGGCACGCAACGACGAGUGUGGACAUUCCCGCCACACUCUGAUGCACCCGUAA